CCCGGUCACGUUCAUUCAAUUAAGCUCAUGUACGGCGUGUAGGCCUAUGGGUGUGUGGCUGGUGUGUAACGAUGCUUUUAGGAACAGACACACACACACAUCUAUCAGUGGUGGCAGCUUCUCAGGAAAUGGAUUUUCAUAUUCAUUCGGGUAACGGCGGGGGCGCAUACAUGUACGCACCGUCAACAUUGCGGCCGCGGCAAAUCCGAUCGUUUUGCGUUAUUUUAGACGGGACGCAGUCAGCCGGCGCUACGCAGCUGAAUUUAUGGAAUGUUGUUGACUAUACCAGCCUGACAUCGGUUGCGUGUUUUUAAGCGUUUUUGUUUUUUUUCUUCCUUUUGCUGAACAGUUUUUGACUGCUGCACGAAACGCGAAAUUAGGCAAUGCGGUGCUGUUGGAGCAUUGCUUAUCAAAAUCUUGGCACCCAAAAAAUGAGGGAAAACGGAUGAAAUGAUUUACAAUGAUGCCAUUCACUUUUGAAUUUUUGGGACAGGAGGGAGUGUGUUGUCGUUAUAGUUGAGCAAAAACACAAGAUAAGCCAGUAUAAGUGAACAUCAUUAAAAUUUAAUUAAUUCUCGAAAUUUCUAUGUUUAAAAUGAUGUUUUUUUCUAAAUAGAGAAAUAAGUAAAGUAAAUGUAUAUUAAAAUCAUUUCUGUAAAGCGUUAUGAUAAAACAUUUACGAAAUUCCGUGGCAUUAAAUGCAUAAAAGGCAACACAAAAUCCACAAACCGCUUGUUUAGCUUACAGCUCACCCAUUACCACCUCAUCCAGGAAGCAAACGGAGCCAACUUUUCCUUCUCCAGGUGGAGGGGCUUUUCCAUCUCGCUCGCAAUGUACCGCUAGCCGGCAGAGAAAGGCAUAGUACGCAGACUUUGGCAUGCCUUCCGAAAACAAUCCCACUCGCCCGGGGCGGCCAGUAGGGUGGGUCGACCAAACGUUGGCGGUUCCAACGGCCCCGGUGGGCCGAACGAUCGCCACAAUUGUCCAACAUGCUGCUGCGGGCGGUGGGACUGCUGCUUUUAUCGAGCCUCGUGGCGCGAUUGGAUGGGCGGUUUUUGGAAGUGAGCAAGCCGCCACCCGGAACCGUGGCGAUUGUGCCAACCGAGGACGAUGGCGAAAGUGUGCUGCACGGUCCGCUGUUUCACGAUCUGCAGCAGCUCGACCGCGAAAAAGCCAGUGAGAUGAUCUCGGUGAAACUGUUCAAUCAGUUCCACUCGAGAACGUUCGAUGUCGCCGAUGAGCUGGAGGGAAACGGUAGCAGAGAACUCGACGCCGAUCGGCCAUUACCUGAGGCUCGCGAUACUGUGGAUGACAGACGGAAUGAGUUCGGGAUGGGUUACGUGCAUCCGGUGCCACCGGUCGGGCCGAUCGAUGCGAUCGAGCUGAAGGGAAAUGGGAUAGAGCAGGACCUGGCCCUGCCGGACCCGAUCGCCGACGUACGCUUGCUGGACGGUUGGGCACAGCCGGACAGUCGGGAGGCGUCUGAGCACCGUUUGGCAGAGGACAGUUCCAUCGCUGGAGCACGGCAGGGUAAAGGAAAUUCGCUGACCACCACCACGACCACCACUAGCACGACCACGAGAACGACAACCGUGCGGAAGGUACGUCGACGCAAGACGCGCCAGCAAACGAGCACCAGCAGUAGUCCCAGGCCUCCCAGCACCACCAGGCGCACGACAAGAACUACCGCACCGUCAUCGAGCAGGUUGACCACAACAAGCACAACAAGUCACAGACCGCCUCGACCGAAGCUGGACAUCACCAGGCUCAAUCUUGACCAUCUGGAAGACGAUCUCCUGCUGUCCUAUGCCGCCCGAGCAUCUCCCCAGGCUCUCGCACUUGCCGCCGGUACAAUUCCACCGCCAGUCCGCUUACUACCCAGAAGCAUCCGGCAGGAGGAAGCGGAACCGAAAGCGGUCCCUGUCCCAUCCUGUGGCUGUCAGCGGACAUACCGACCUCAGCACAGCAAACGAUCGCUCGCCAACCAUAUCUACUCGUCGGAGGAAACGAUCGAUCGGCGCGGUGACUACGACGAGUACGACGACUACGAGGACUAUGGCGAGCUGAAGUUACCGCCAGCGCCUGCACGACCACUGCUGCUGCCUGCCAUGUCCCGGCUGCUGGCACCACCGGCCGUCGGUUCCGGCGAGCAUCCCGAGAGCAGUGUCGAGCGGGCGGAGAAGGUACAUGGGACACUGGAACGGUUGAUGGGCAUUGUGACCAUCUUUUCGCACGUGGACGAGUUUAUACAGCGCAAAACGAAGCAAUCGAUCCGCCGGCUGGCACGGUUGUACGAGAGUGAGGAGUUGGAUUAGGAGGAGGAGGAAGAGGAGGAGGAGUGCAAUGGGACGGGGAGUUUGUAAAUAGAUAAUUCUCUAGAAGUACUUUAGAAGAGCGACAAGGUGCAAGUUUUGCUAGAAUAAAGUUCUAUUUGGUGAUACUUUUUAAUGAAUUUAAAUGUAAAAAAA